AUGAGAAACUGUAUGUUCGAUUUGUUUUCAUCUCAUUUUUUUUUUAAAGUUAAUGGAAAAUCUAUAAAGCAAGGAACAUCUUUAGGUUCAUUUGUCUCUUUUGUCAUUAUUACAUUGGGAAUUAGUUAUUUAUGCUACCUCUUGAAUUAGUACUUCAAUAAUUAAAUAGAUCCAAAUUAUAGAGCAUAAAAUUUUACUAAUAACUAGUCAAUUGAUUUAGAUUUAUCAGAUGACUUAAUAUCCUUCAGAUUCGAAUACGAUUAUAACUUAAGCGUUGAUGUUUUGUAGGCUUAGACAAAUAAAACUUAUGUAGUUUACAUGGCUUAUUUUAUUUAACUUCAAUAAUCUGGUUAUUAGAUGAUCCCAAUUAAUAUAGUAAAAUGUAAAAAUCCUAAAUUACUAGGAUAUAACUGCAUAGAUUAUUCUACAAUUUCUAACUCAACUUUGCUGUAAGAUAGCAUUGAAAACAUUCAGACGCAGAUUUAAAUAUUUGUUUAUGGAUGUCUAGAUUAAGAUUUUCAGAAAACAACAAUUCCUAAUAAUUGUGCUCAGUAAUCAGAAAUUAAUGAUGUAAUUAAUGGAAUUAAUGCUUUCUUCAAGCUAUAAAUAAAGACUUCUUAGUAUAAUGUCAAGUCAAAGCAAUUUCAAACAGCCUACAGGAGUUCACAAAUUUUUACUCUAACCAGCUAGUAUAUACAAAGUACUUUGAAAAUUUAAAAGUAAAUAACUACUGUGAAAGAAGGAUUCUUUUUUUAAUCUGAAUUAACUUAAGAAUCUCCUUAAUAAUAUGAUUUAGAAGUAUAAACACUAGAUAGAUAAUCAGCUAUUUAGUUGAUGAAUCUAUAGUGCUACUGUUAAUCAGGUGUAAUUGUAGAUUAAUUAUACCAGCAAGUUCAAAUUUAAUAUCCAACAAUCCCAUCUAUUCUAGCACUAGCAAAUAGUGUUUUUUCAAUUCUAAUGCUACUAGGAUUCAUAGGUAGAAGAUUUUCUCUUAAAUUAAUAGAUAAAAAAUUUUUUAUGAUUUUAUUUCAAAACAUAUUCCAAUAAUCCUAUAUUUAAGUUCUUAGCUUAAAUAACUUGCUAGAGAAAAAAAUGGAAAAAAACUAGUAAAAUAAUUUAUAAAAUGAGCAAAUUUAAAGAAAAACAGAUGAAUCAGAAGAAAUUAAUAUUUAGAAAGAGAACGAAAGUGCCAUUGAUAAGUCUAACAGCUUAUCUCCCCCGCUUUAUUUUAAACCAAUGAAAUUAUUGAACAUGCGAAAUUCUGUGAAUAAUAAAGAUGAACACAAUUCAUCUGGAAAAAUAGACUUUUAGCCUUCCCAAAAACAUAUUUCUGAAUUAAAUAUUCCUAAUAUUUUAACUUUUUAAGAUUAAAAAGAAUCAUUAGAAGAAACUUGUAAUUAAUCAAAAGAAUUCCUUUAAACUAAAAAUAAAUUUUAAGAGAAAUUAUUUUAAAACGAAAGAUCAUUUUACUCAUAAAAUGAGUAGAAAAUUAACAGGAUUAAAGUAACGAGCAUUUCACUUUUCGAAUAGAGAUAAAAGAGUAAUAGCAAGUAUUUGAAAACAAAGAAGUUAAUUUAUGAGAAAAAGUAAUUUUAAGAAGAUUUCAGCAAAUACAACCAAAUAAUCAAAUCUCUUCAAAGCAGAAAGGCUUAGAUUGAACUCUAAAAAAUUUUAAACAAAUCUAGAAUUCUUUCAAGAAACAGCAAGGAAACUAAAUCAAAAAACUUGAAUGACAUUCAAAAAUAAAAUAUUUAGAAUUUACUAGAUAGAGAACUUGAUAUUUAUUAGUUUUAUGAAGAUAUUUUGUUUCUCAAAAAGGCUGUAAUGAUUUUGCUGAGCUAAGAUUAGUUGGCUGCUUUGAAACUAGUAGGAUGCUCUUCCUAAUUUCUUGAACUUAAUUUAAAAGAGCUAGAAGAGAGCUAACUUUAGUUGUAAAAAAACUUGAGCCAUUUUGAAGAAUAAUUUGCAAUUUAGUUAUCAAAUGAAUUAAAAAUAGAAAACAUUAAAAAAUUCUUACAAAAAUGCUAAAACAAAAACAACUUAUCAGACAUAGAUCUUAGAAUAAUUUCUUCAAUUUCUAGCAGUUUAAAUCUUUGA